UCGUGAGUGUAUCGUGGACAAGAGAAACACAUAUUAAGUGAACAAGACGUGUAUCGGUGUUCUCAAGUAAAAAAAGUGUUUCAAACUUAUUCAAGUUUGACGGUUCAACGUGUACCAUUUAAUAGAUUUAGUUUUAUAAAAAAAAAAAUAUACAUUCAAAAUGAAUCAUCUUUACCCGAGUUUGCACGAAAAAUACCAAAAUGAAGGAGUGUGUCCAGUCUGUCUAUUGGAAAUGGCGUACAUGCCAAGAUUUAUCUGCUCCAACAGGCACAUAGUCUGCAACCGAUGCAAGCCUUAUUACCACGCCUGUCCGCAAUGUCUGCUGCCGCUGCAGGAGAUGGCCGCGGUGGCGCAGCCCGCCACAGUCCCUUAUCCACCGGCGAUGGGUCAACCUGCCGCCGUAGCGCCACCCGCGAGCUGUCCUUAUCCGACUUAUCCGGCCAGCGCACCGCCGAUCCAAGCCUUCCAGGACCCGGCCGAGCAUAUGCAGAGCCUAGUCAGCUGUCCGUACUCGCAUCUAGGCUGCUCGGUCAAGUGCGCGCCGAGUAUACGCGAGACCCACGUGUCCAGAUGCCAAUACCGUCAUCACAGCCCCAAUUCGGACGGCGAGCCGCGAGUGGCCUGCCGUUACCAGACGGUCGGCUGCAACGUCAGAACGACGCCGAGUCGCCUACAGGAGCACGAGCUGCUCUGCAUCUACAAGGAUCGUCUGGCCGAGGGUCUGGAGGACAGACUGCGCGGCUCGUGCAACAUCGCCGCCAGACCAGCGCCGCCGGUGAACCUGCAGAUCUGCCCCCAGGGCCCAGCCGGUGACCCCAACGAGCUGGUCGAGUGUCGCCACAGGUCGCAGGGCUGCAUGAUGCGGGUGCCGCGCUGGAAUCGAGCUGCCCACGAGGACAAGUGCAACUACAACACCGUAGCCGGCCAUCAUCCUCAUCAUCAGCAGCAGCUGCCUGUAGACGUCGCCAUCGAACUGCGGGACUGUCGCUACGCCGCUCGUGGCUGCCGCAUCAAGUCGCCGCUGCACAGCUUGGCCCGCCACGAGGCCACCUGCCAGUACGCGGACAAUCGUCAACAGGUUGUGUAUCCUCAUCAAGCUCAUAAUGCCGUCGUUGUCCAACAGCCGCGUCACGAGGAGUGGGUCGACUGUCGCUACGCGCCUCAGGGCUGCCGAGUGAAGAGCAAGUACUUCGCCAGAAACGCGCACGAGUCGGUCUGCACUUAUCGUCAUCAGCGUUAGAACCGGUCCCGCGUCUCUUGGCGGCUCGAAAUCCGUCACAGUCCCGAAAGUCUUGAAAAUGAUCCGAACGCGAUUAAUGUUAUACAUUGUUAGAUACGAAUGAAUGCGAGGCGAGGCGAACGAUCUAUCUCCCCGCGGACGAGGUAGACAAAUAUGCCAUGGAGUUUUGUAUGUAUAAAGUUGACAUCGCUAAUAAGACUUUGAUGAUGUUAUACAUAACAUAUUUUAGGGUACACUGAAUGGCAGUAAUUCGUGUGCAUUAUUAAGAGCUACGAUACGAGGGAUAUGCAAGCAAUUAGGCUUUCCUGGCUAAAUUGCUCUUGUACUACGACAUCGUAAUUUAGCUCGAACUUUGACCACAACGUGUCUCUUGGUUACGACAAUUCUGCAUAUCUCUCUAUUUUUUUUUAUUAAAAGCUUGUAAAGGCGAACAACUGCCAACGCCGCAGUCGCUACUUCGGCCGAUUUUCGGCUUCAUUUCGAUUGUUUCAACCGAUCGAUUGAUUCUGAUUACUGCAUACUCUUAACUGAAGAAUUAAUUGUAUAUUAAUAGAAGUUGUUUUAUGACCGACAAUUUUAUCAUAUAAAUUGUUAUAACUUUGCGAUUUGUAACAAUCGAUCUAUUACAAAAACUGCAAAAACUCUGUUCUUCGAUUUUACUCAUUGUAACAUCUACGAUUCUCUAUUAUUUAUUGUUAAUUUUUUUUUUUAAGAAUUAAUUAUUAAGUAAAAUUAUUCAGUGAAUGAUUUCUACUAUCGCAGUGUUCGCAUCUGUUUUUCAUGCGCAGUAUGUGUAAUACGCGUUAUUUACUCGUGCCUCAACUAAUGCUUUACAAAAAUCUUUUUUUUCGAAGCAAGUAAUGCUUCACACGCCGAUAUUUCGUGAGUCGAUGCAUUGCAGAUUUGGCGCAUGGUUUUACAGAAAAAUUUCGGCUAUGAAAUUCUUUUUCUGCGUUUAGUAGCUUUUUCACUUUUCUUGCCUCGCGGCGAACUUUGUAUAUCUUAUGUACGUUUGUCGUACGCAAGAACGAUAAAAGAAAUAAACUCUAAACGACUGUGA